AUGGGAUUGUUCACAUUUUCAAAACAUGAUAUCACGGCCACUAUUGCCGAAUUCCUUGGAACGGCAUACUUUGUAUUUAUGGGUGUUGGGGGCGCAGUAAGCAUCCAGACCGUUACAUCUCAAGGAACUGGAGCAUUGAAUGUUCUUGCUAUCCCAUUCGCUUUUGGUUUUUCACUUUUCGUUAAUGUAUUUAUUUGGGCACCCGUCUCUGGAGGAGUGCUUAACCCAUCUAUUACGAUUGGUUUAAUGGCUUCAAAAAAUAUAUCAAUUGUACGAGGCGUCAUGUAUAUAGUAGCUCAAUUAUUAGGAGGCUUAGUAGGAGCCUGUUUUAUUAGUUUGGUUCAACCCAAGGCUUUCUUUGAAGGAGCUGCCAUAAAUGCUGUCACCGAUCUCGGUCUAGGAAUUACAACGGCUCAAGGACUAUUUUUGGAAAUGUUUACGACAUCAGUAUUGACAAUGGCUGUUCUUAUGUUGGCAGUUGAAAAACAUGGACAAUUCAUGGCACCGUUUGGUAUUGGAAUGGCUUUAUUCCUUUCUGCCUUAUGUGCUGGUCCAUACACUGGUGCUUCCUUAAAUCCCGCUAGAACUUUCGGUCCUUCCGUUGUUGCUGGUAAAUAUGGUCCGAAUCAUUGGAUAUAUUAUGUCGGUCCCACUUUAGGUAGUUUAUUAGCAGCUGGUUGGUGGAAGUUAUUGAAGGUCAUGCAAUACGAGAAGGCUUCCGGCUCCAAUGAUUCUGAUGAAAAUCGUACCCCUGAAAAACAUGAUUCAAUUGCAUAA